CUUGCUACCGCUGCAUUUUUAAUGGCGGUGUGAGUCAAUUAUAAACAAAAGAUGCGAUGUUUACUUUCUACUAACUGACUAAGCGCAGUUUAGCAUUAAUUAAUGUGGAGCUUGUAAUAAGCGUUUGAAAAGACACAGGUCACAAUGAUAAGCUAUCACAAGAUCUACAUGAGCCCUGUGCAGUCCAGCAACCUGCAGUCUCAGCUGUGUGCACUGUGGAAGAAGCAAAAAUUUUGUGAUGCUGUUAUCAAGUCGGACAACAUAUCUGUGAUGGCACACAGAUUGGUUUUAUCUGCUUCCUGCCCGGUACUACAGUCCAUAGAAAAUUACACAUGUGGUUCUCUUUUAGAAAUCCGAGUAGAAUCCGACAUGACAAAGGAAUCUGUGAUGACUUUCCUUCAAUAUCUUUAUGAAGGUUACCUCAUGUUGACAGAGGAAAACUACAUUCAUGUUGAAAAAUUGGCUCGCUCAUUGCACAUUGACAGUGUAAUUAGUUGUUGCAAAGACUUUAGCCAGAGCAUAUUGUCAUCAAGCUCUAAUAUUCAGGAACCCAUUGACCAGGCUGAUUUUAAGCAUGUUCGGAUAACAAACUUAUUAAAAGUACUAGGAUCUUCACAGAAACGGCCCUACGAGUAUUCAGACAGUGAUUUUUCAAAAAGAUUAAAACAGUCUUCUUUUGGAAACAAGGACUCCUCUGAUCAUUCUAGCAGUGAAAGUAUUGCAUCCACACAAAAAUCUCAACUUUGUCCUGCCCAGUAUCAGAAUAGUCCAGGGGAGAGAACUGAGUUGAGACAAGGUCCUUGCCCAACUGAUCAAUCCAUGUUAUACAUAACCCCUUCAAACACUGUGCCCAUGGCCAUAAACACUCAAAAGACUGCUUCAUCAGGUAAUGGAGUCAUUUUCUUCUCCAACACAAAGUUUAAUGAGAGAGGCUCUACUUCUUUGAACUCUCCAGAAUCUUUACCAGUUCAAACAACUGGAUCUAUGAAUCCAUUGAAUGCCCGCCUUAUCAUUCCUAUGAUCCCAAGUGUUCAACAUUCACUACAGACUGUUCAACCAUCCACCUUUGAACUUACGAAAAAAACACCACAAGCUGAACCUUAUCCUGUGUUUUUAAAGGAAGUACCACGACCAAUAGGUUCCUUUUCUGGUGACUCCUCUGGAGUCAGUGCUGGCAUUGACAAGAACAAUGAACAAUUACGAAUGGUUUCCAGUCAGAAUUCUAUUCAGCAGCUAAAUAUCCAUGAGUUUUCAGGAAAACCUACAGAAAAAUCAAACAGUCAAACAGACACUUCUACUAGUAACAGUGCUACAAGUACUGACCCUAGUGCUGAGGUGAGUCUCAGUAUCGUUAAAGUGGAACCGGAAGACAGCAUCAUCCAAACAGAUGGGGGGAUGUUUUUGUCAACAGCACAGAGAGAUGAAACCCAAACAAGUCAUUCCAGCUGGUUUCAUGAUAACCCUUCGAUGUCGUCCGAGGAGAAUUCAGGUCAAGAAGAAAUGUCCUCAAGUUCAAUGAGUAAGUCAGAUCAGACAACCCAGGACAAGCCAUCAUCACAUCGUUUUCAAAAGCUCUCGGACAAAGAAGUUCAAGAAAUCUUUGAUCUUGAUAUACAAUCAAAGGCCACAAAACAAAAUACCAGAUGGGGUGUUAAGAUUCUACAAGAUUGGCACACUGAAUCAUAUGGAGUUCCCAUGGAUAUGGCUACUGUUGAUGAGGACGAAUUAGCGAAUAAACUUGGAAGAUUCUACUGUGAAGCAAAGCCACAGCCUGAUCGAAAAAAAAAGAAACCAGCAGAAUAUCACAAAAACACAAUGAAGGGAAUUCGAGCGGCCAUAAACCGACAUUUAGUGUCCCUUGGUCGUAACAUUGACAUUGUCAAUGACAGAGCCUUUAAAACUGCAAAUAAAGGUCUGAUAGGCGUUCUGAAGCAGAGAUUGAUCACUUAUCCUCUACCACCUAACCAAGAGACCAUUGACGAUGCAGAUUUACAAAAAAUGUCUGUUUUCCUUGAGAAUGCAUAUUUGUCUCCGGUUCAUCUGCGACUGGCAGUGUGGUAUGUUAUUGUUGUGCAUUUCCUAUCCAAGGGAAUCGAUUUCUCUUAUCAUCUCAGGUUGGAUUCCUUUGAUUUCAAAGUUGAUGAAGAGGGUGAGACUUAUGCUUGUUUGAAACGUGAAAGAAAAUUAAAAAACGACCAAGAGGGCAUACCUAUAUGUGAAGCUAUGUAUGACAAGCGAAUGUAUGAAAAUGGAAAAAGAAAUUGUCCUGUAAAAUUGUUGAAGCUCUUCUUGGAUAAAACAGAUUCAAGGGCAUCGCAUCUCUUUAAUUACUGCUAUAAAGAUGCAAUCAUUGAUCCCACGAUAUGCAGUCUAUGGUACAGAGAUACUACAUUGAAACGUAGAGCAUUUGUUGACUUCCUUCCAGACAUAUGCAAGGCUGCAGGUUGUAAACGCUACACAGCAAAUUGUUUGAGGAAGACAGCUACUCGGGCCAUGCUUAUUGCAGGAUUUAAGCCACGGGAUGUCACUUAUUUUUCUGAGCAUAGAUAUGGAUUGUCCAUACACAGCCAUAAUAGUGAAAUGUCUCCUCAAGUGCAAGUGAAACUUUACCCUCCCAAGACUGAGAGUGAUGUUAGGAUAGAGAAUGUUGAUCAGCCCAAUCAUCUAGAAUCAUACUAGAGAAUGUUGAUCAGCCCAAUCAUC